GAGUCCAAGCUCCGCCCCUUCCGGUUUCCGGGAAGCAGGAGGCUCGCAGCCUUCCUCCGCCCGCACCGCUGCCAUGGCGCUCCUGCGCUCCCGUGGGCGCGCGCUUCUAUGUCCCCGCGUGGCCGCCCUCGCGGUCCGAGCCAGUUCCUGGUGGACUCACGUGGAGAUGGGACUCCCCGAUCCUAUUCUGGGGGUGACAGAGGCCUUCAAGCGAGACACCAGCGCUAAGAAGAUGAACCUAGGAGUUGGGGCUUACCGAGAUGACAACGGGAAGCCCUAUGUCUUGAACUGUGUCCGCAGAGCAGAAGCCCAGAUAGCUUCUAAGAAGAUGGACAAGGAAUAUUUGCCUAUUGCUGGGUUAGCAGAUUUCAACAAGGCAUCAGCUGAGCUGGCUUUGGGAGAAACAAAUGAGGUUAUACAGAGUGGCCGGUAUGUCACUGUGCAAACAAUUUCUGGAACUGGGUCUUUAAGGGUUGGAGCCAACUUCUUGCAACGAUUCUUCACAGCUAGCCAUGAUGUGUUCCUCCCCAAGCCUUCCUGGGGGAAUCACACCCCCAUUUUCAGAGAUGCUGGGUUGCAGCUACAAAGCUAUCGAUACUAUGACCCCAAAACUUGCGGCUUUGACUUUACUGGGGCUUUGGAGGACAUUUCUAAAAUUCCAGAAAAGAGUAUUAUUCUAUUCCACGCCUGUGCUCACAACCCCACCGGAGUGGAUCCUCGGCCAGAGCAGUGGAAGGAACUUGCGGCAACUGUGAAGAAAAGGAAUCUCUUUGCCUUUUUUGACAUGGCCUAUCAAGGUUUUGCCAGUGGGGACAUAAACCGAGAUUCAUGGGCUGUCCGGCACUUCAUCGAACAAGGCAUUAACAUAGUGCUCUCUCAGUCAUAUGCAAAGAACAUGGGCCUGUAUGGGGAGCGUGUGGGCGCUUUCACUGUCAUUUGUAAGGACUCGGAUGAAGCCAAGAGAGUGGAGUCCCAGCUCAAGAUCCUGAUCCGCCCCAUGUAUUCCAAUCCACCCAUCAAUGGGGCUCGGAUAGCUUCUGCUAUACUCAACAGCCCUGAUCUGCGAAAGGAAUGGCUGGCUGAGGUGAAGGGAAUGGCCGACCGCAUUAUCGGCAUGCGCACCCAGCUUGUGGCCAAUCUGAAGAAGGAAAGGUCUUCCCAUAACUGGCAGCACAUCACUGAUCAGAUUGGCAUGUUCUGCUUCACGGGACUGAAGCCGGAACAGGUGGAGCGGUUAACCAAAGAAUUCUCCAUUUACAUGACAAAGGAUGGCCGCAUCUCUGUCGCAGGAGUCACAUCGGGCAAUGUUGCCUAUCUGGCUCACGCUAUCCACCAAGUGUCCAAGUAAACAGGGAGGAUUGUCUGGAUGGCUUUGCACUCUCCGGCUUGACUGGGGGAGGAGGAGAAGCAGGUAGAAUUAGCAUUUCCCUAGCUGUGUGUCUGCCCUCCCCCCCCCCCCCCCCCCCCCCCCCCCCC